AUGUCUGAAGCUCCUCAAUCCCGCCAAUUAGACCAAGAAACAGGCAACACACCUGCCCCCCAGCACACGAAGAUUGAUUGGUCCAACCUCCCCGAAAAUGUCUUCAAGUCCAUGGAAGCGCGCACAGCAUCCACAUGCGCCGCAUAUCUCCUCCCAACUCUCAAGGAGAUGAAAGCAGAAAAUCCUCAGUUGACUCUCCUGGACGUCGGUGCAGGUUCAGGCUCAAUAUCCGCCGAAUUCGCACAGCUCGUCGGACCGAACGGCCAUGUCACGGCCGUGGAUCUUAAUCCGGGUGUCAUCCCACGCGCCAAGGUCGUUGCGGAGCAAUGGAGAGUGUCGAACAUCUCGUUCCAGACGGCGGAUGCAUAUAAGCUGGCGUUCGACGAUGAGACGUUCGAUAUAGUUCAUUGCCAUCAGGUUCUCGUUCAUUGUAAGAAUCCAUGGGAGAUUCUCCGUGAAAUGCUGCGUGUUACGAAGCUGGGUGGCGUGGUAGCUGCACGAGAGGGAGACCUUGAGACUGAGGUGAUGUGGCCACCACUUCCUGGACUGCUGAAGUUUCAUCACGACUUCGAGGUAAAGCUUAUUACAGACCGUGGCGGACAUAAGAAUGCUGGAAGACAGCUCCUUUCCUGGGCUCUGCGAGCUGGUGCGAAAAGAGAUCAGAUCACGACGAGCUUUGGCACUUGGACGUACACCGAGCCAGAAGAUAGAAAGAUGUGGGCUACGAGUAUGAUGGAGGUGGCACUUGGCCCAAUGUUACGGGAGAAGAACGUGAAGGCGGGGGUCGCCGAGGCGGAAAUGGAUGAGAUGCGCGAGGCGUGGGCAGAGUGGAUGAACCUAGAUGAGGCGGUAAUGGCACAGCUACAUGGAGAGGUUGUCAUUCGAAAGUAGUGCACAUGUAAACACGGUCUGUAUGGCAAGCAUGGUGUGAUUUAGGCAAAAAGUAAAUGAGAUUUGCCAAGUCUAAAAGCAAACGCCAGCCACCAGAG